GUCAGAGUCGAUGCUCCACAGUCAUGGUCACACUCAAACUCAGACAAUCCAACUGACGAUCGAAAUCGACCCAAACAGGCAAACGAUGGGCAUGUACGAGAGUUACGACGAUGAAGCUACACUGCUACACACAAAACGCAACACACCACCACCACAACAACGGCCACCCAACUUCUCAUUUUCCAGCUCGAUCGCUCGCUAGCUCCCGUCGUGUAUGGAUGGAUGGCUGACUAUAUAUCCACGCGAGAGGCAGGCAACCCCGCUUUGCGUAGGAGAAAAGAAUCACUACUUCACUAGCCAGCUAGCUGCACCUACUCCGUCCAAUGCCGUCCUUCGUCGACGGCCCCACUCUCCGGUCGCUGCUCCGGCCGUCCACCAAUGGCCGCCGGACGAAGGCCUCGGACGGCGGAGGAGGUGGUGGUGGUGGAGGGAUCUUUAAGAUGUUCAAGCUCAUGCCCAUGCUGACGUCCGGGUGCAAGAUGGUGGCGCUGCUCGGCCGGCACAACAGGGCGCUCCUGGCCGACCACGCGACGACGGUGACGCUGUUCGGGCACCGGCGCGGCCGCGUGAGCCUCGCCAUCCACGAGGACACGCGCGCGCCGCCGGUGUUCCUCAUCGAGCUCCCCAUGCUGACCAGCGCGCUGCACAAGGAGAUCUCCUCCGGGGUGGUGAAGCUGGCGCUGGAGAGCGACACCCGCAGCGCGCGCCGCCGGCUCGUGGAGGAGUACGUCUGGGCCGUCUACUGCAACGGCCGCAAGGCCGGCUACUCCAUCCGCCGGAAGGAGGCCUCCGACGACGAGCGCCACGUGCUGCGCCUCCUGCGCGGCGUCUCCAUGGGCGCCGGCGUGCUGCCGGCCGCGCCCGAGAAGGAGGGCGGCGUCCCCGCGGGCCCCGACGGCGAGCUCACCUACGUCCGCGCCCGCGUCGAGCGCGUCGUCGGGUCCAAGGACUCCGAGGCGUUCUACAUGAUCAACCCCAACGAGGGCGGCGUCGGCGGCGACAGCGCCGGCGACGGCAGCGCGCCGGAGCUGAGCAUUUUCCUAGUGAGGAUGAAAUGAUAUCGAAGUUAGUAUAUAUACUUCACCUAAAUCGAAAUACAUAUAUACUACUUUGCCUUUCUCUUGUGAAUACACUCUUGUGUGUGUGCAGACAGGUUCAACGUAAUGGUGGAAAUAGAAAGUAUGCAUAAUUCAGUUAAUUAAUCUGUAUUAUCUUUUCAGUUAGACAGUUAAUUUUGUAUAUGCCUGGUGGUCGAAUUGGUAGUAUGCAGGUUAUUGCACUAGAGUAAUUAACUUUCUUAAUUUUCAUAUACCCAAAAAAUGUCUUCCCUUUUCAAAAUUAUACUUUAA